AUGCUCAAAACUCAGCCUCGACAACGUUGCUUGCAUCUACACCUCUUUAGGAAAGUCUACGACAUGACGGAGCCACAGCGCAAAGUCCUCCGAGUCGGUGUCAUAGGAGCAGGUGAAGUGGCCCAGGUCAUUCACUUGCCAACAUUAUACCUAUUGAGCCAUCUCUUUACCACGGCCAUCAUAUCCGAUCUCUCGAAAAAGACAGCAGAACAUUGUGCCCGCAAAUUCCACAUUCCCACCACCACCACCGACCCUGAAGAUGUCUUCCGCAGCCCGGAAGUCGAUGUUGUAUUUAUCCUCACGUCUGAUGAGUUUCAUGAAGAGUAUACUGUAGCCGCCCUCGAAGCCGGGAAACAUGUCAUGGUUGAGAAACCACUUACUUUAUCUUUGCCUUCCGCGGAGAGGAUCAUUGCCGCCGAARCGAAGUCCAAAGGAUUGGUCUUCGUGGGCUAUAUGCGACGAUACGCGGAAAGUUUCACAAAAACUUUCAAACGAGAGAUUGGCAGUAUUCCGAGAAUUCUCUAUGCGAGAGUGAGAGAUUUCUCUGGGCCAAAUGCGAAAUUCGUUGGCGAAUCUGGGACUUUUCCUGUCAAGCAUGAUGAUUUUCCGGCUUCUGCGAACGAGGGACGAUCGAAGAGACUUGAUGUUUUGUUCAAAGAAGCUUUUCCUGGCCAGCCCAUUACUGCCGAAAGGCGGAAUUACUGCAGGUUCUUGGGAAGUCUUGGAAGCCAUGAUAUCAGUCUGAUGAGAGAAGUUCUUGGUUUCCCUAUCAGCGUUGCAGGCGUGUCUGUUAACGACCCAUUCUACUCUGCGAUUUUCUACUAUCGAAACCCAUCUGGUGGAGAACCUUUUGCGGUUACGUACGAAUCUGGAAUCGAUGGUGUUCCGGAAUUCGACGCUCAUCUCGCUGUGUAUGGAGAGAAGAAACGGGUGCAUAUCAAAUACGAUUCACCUUAUGUUAAGGGACUUGCUAUCAAAGUCACUGUGCAGGAAUUGAAUGCCGAGGGAGAAUUCGAAAGUCGGGAGAUGUUGGGAUCUUAUGAGGAUGCGUAUACUGCGGAGCUACAAGAAUUGUAUGAGUGUGUUGUGAAUGGAGAGGAAGUCAAGACGACGGUGAGGGAUGCGAUCAAUGAUUUGAAGAUAUAUGAUAUGAUGUACCAGCGAUGGAAUGCCGGCACUACACUGAAUUGCUAA